GAGAGAGAGAGAGAGAGAGAGUGAGUGAGUGAGUGAGGAGCAGUGUGAUCGGUGCAGCAGAGGGGAGGAAGAUGCUGGUUGCCUGCUGCACGCGGCUGAACGCAGGUAGCGAAGAGGGACUCACCGCGCGCAGCUAACGACCACCGCUCCGCCUCUGCUCCGCAUGCACGGCUGCUGCCUUUCAGCUACGUCCCUUUUUUUCUUUUUUCUUUUUUUUCUUUUUUUGCCACCACUUUUUCUCCUCUCUUGAUUUUUUUCGUCUUUUUUUUCCAGGAACAAAAAAAAAGUUUUGACAUGAUCGUGACCGGCGCGUGCUUGGAGUGCGCGCGAACGGAUUAACUUGCAUAUUUUUUUUUCUUCCGUCUUUCUUUUUUUUAUUACUUUGCUUUGCAUGACACGGAGGCACGUGAAGUGCUGCAGCUGCGCGAGGCUUCAUCGUGCUGGAGAGCGAGAGAGAGAGAGUGAGAGAGAGAGAGAGAGAGAGAGAGAGGCAGACUGGUACUGCUACACAUGCGCGUGCUGUAACCCCAUAAACCGAAGACGCUAAAAACCUGCAGGAAAAGAAAAAAAAGAGAGAAAAUUGAAACUUUAAGGAGAAAAAAAAGUGCACGGUGGGUGGCAAGAGGACGAAAUCUUGGCUGGGGGGAUUGAAAGGAGCGGGGCAUGAGGAUAUUGGCCAUCAUCUUUUUCCAGUGCAUCUUGAAUGUUUUCAGUGAAGAUCUACAUUCCAGCUUGUAUUUUGUCAAUGCAUCUCUGCAAGAGGUAGUGUUCGCCAGCACCACAGGGACGCUGGUGCCCUGUCCCGCAGCUGCUGUGCCCCCAGCCACGCUGCGCUGGUACCUGGCCACCGGCGAAGAGAGUUACAACGUCCCAGGGAUCCGUCACGUGCACCCCAACGGCACGCUCCAAAUCUUCCACUUCCCUCCAUCCAGCUAUAGCAAAGUGAUCCACGACAACACGUACUAUUGCACCGCUGAAAAUCCUUCAGGGAAAAUUAGAAGCCAAGAUGUUCACAUUAAGGCCGUCUUACGAGAGCCCUAUACGGUCCGGGUGGCGGACCAGACAGCCAUGAGAGGCAGUGUAGCGGUCUUCAAGUGCAUUAUUCCUUCCUCAGUGGAGAAAUACGUCACUGUUGUGUCAUGGGAGAGAGACACAGUCCCCCUCGUCUCAGGACCUCGAUUUCUCAUAACGUCCACGGGAGCCUUGUAUAUCCUGGACGUGCAGAAGGAGGACGAGCUGUUCAACUACCGCUGCAUGACGAGGCAUCGCUACACCUCCGAAACGAGGCAAAGCAACAGCGCCCGUCUCUUCGUACCAGACCCCACAAACUCAGCACCUGCGAUCCUCGAUGGCUUUGAGAAGCGGGAGGUCAUGGCCUCGCACAGGGUCGAGCUGCCGUGCAAAGCUUCAGGGCACCCGGCGCCAAAGUACCGCUGGCUGAAGGACAACAGGCCGCUGGAGCCGGACACCCGCUUCCGGCAGAGCGUGACCGGUCUGCUGAUCGAAAGAGCGCAGCCCAGCGAUUCCGGCAACUAUGUGUGUGAGGUGUGGAACAGCUACGGGAACGCGGAGGUCAUCGGCCGCCUUCUGGUCAAGGAGCCGUUACGGGUGGUGGUCAGUCCCAGGAAAGUGAAAGGCAGUGUGGGCAGCCAGGUGUCUCUGACCUGUAGUGUGACCAGCUCGGAUGAGUAUGAGCUCUCGUGGUAUCGCAAUGGAGAAAAAAUCAACGCUGGAGUGGCUGUGCACAUGAACGGCAUCAACAAGGAGAACCUGGUGAUGGACGGCAUGGCCAAGAGUGAUGGAGGAGUGUACCAGUGCUUUGCCAGGAAAGGCAAGAUCUCAGCUCAGGACUUUGUGCAAGUUAUCUUAGAAGACGGAACCCCCAAAAUCUUGUCGGCCUUCAGCGAGAAAGUGGUGAGUCCGAAUGAGUUUGUGUCCUUGAUGUGUCACGUUAAAGGCACGCCGCAACCCGUCGUCACCUGGACGCUGGACGAUGACCUGGUAAUGAAGGACAGCCGUCACCGGAUGGGCCACAGCAUCACGGCGGAGGGAAACGUCAUCAGCUACUUGAACAUCUCCCAAACGCAGGUCCGUGACAGCGGGGUGUACCGCUGCACCUGCAACAACUCGGCCGGGACGGUCUCCUACCAGGCUCGAAUAAACGUAAGAGGUUCUGCUGAUAUAAGACCGAUGAAAAACCUCACAGCCAUAGCCGGCCGAGACACCUACAUUCACUGCCACGUCGUUGGUUACCCCUACUACUCCAUCAAAUGGUACAAGAAUUUCAACCUGCUUCCAUUCAAUGACCGCCAGCGGGCCUUCGAAAACAACGGCACGCUAAAGCUGCUGAACGUGCAGAAGGAGCUGGACGAGGGGGAGUACGCCUGCCAUGUGCUCGUACAGCCACAAGUCUUUAAAAACCAGAGCGUCUACAUCACUGUGAAAGUGCCCCCCUUCAUCCAGCCCUUUGAGUUCCCUCGCUACUCCAUUGGCCACAGGGUCUUUGUGCCCUGUGUGGUGCGGUCAGGGGACCUGCCCAUCUCCAUCGACUGGGAGAAGGAUGGAAAACCCAUUAAUGCCAGCCUGAAUGUCACUAUUGACAAAAUUGACUUCACCAGCUCUUUGCGCAUCUCCAACCUCCAGCGAGUGCACAACGGCACGUACACAUGCAUCGCUCGCAACGACGCCGCCGUCGUCAAAUAUCAGAGCCAGCUCAUCGUCAGGGUUCCUCCUAGAUUCAAAGUCCAACCCAAAGACCAGGACGGGAUUUAUGGGAAAGCCGUGAUCCUGAACUGCUCUGCCGACGGGGAACCCCGCCCAACGAUAGAGUGGAAGUAUUCGAAAGGUGCCGGAGUGCCGCAGUUUCACCCGAUUGCCCUGAACUCCGGCUACAGGAUCCAGCUGCUGGGCAACGGCUCGCUGCUCAUAAAGCACGUCCUGGAGGAGGACGCGGGCUACUACCUGUGCAAGGUCAGCAACGACGUGGGAGCCGACGUCAGCAAGUCUAUGUACCUCAAUGUGAAAAUCCCUGCCAUGAUCACAUCGUACCCCAACAACACGCUGGCCACCAAGGGCGAGAAGAUCGAGAUGAGCUGUAAGGCGCACGGUGAGAAGCCCAUCAUGGUGCGGUGGGAGAAGGAGGUGGAGAAGGAGAAGCAGUCCCACAUGAUCAACCCGGACAUGUGGAGGCACACGGUCACUGUUAAGAAGGUCGGCGAAGAGGUCAUCUCCACACUAGAGAUCUACCCGACUCUGAGGGAGGACUCUGGCUUUUUUUCCUGCCAUGCAAUCAACUCCUAUGGUGAAGACAGAGGGAUUAUUCAGCUUACAGUUCAAGAGCCCCCAGAACCUCCCAAAGUGGAGAUUCGGGAGGUGAAGGAGAGGACCAUCGCCCUUCGCUGGACGAUGGGGUUUGAUGGGAACAGCCCGAUCACUGGCUACGAUAUAGAGUGCAAAAAUAAAUCAGCAACCUGGGACAAAGCUCGCAGGACCAGGGACGUCUCCCCCACUCUGAAUCUGGCCACCAUCAUCGAGCUCCACCCUUCAUCCACCUAUAACAUCCGCAUGUUCGCCAAGAACCACAUCGGAGACAGCGAACCCAGCAACGAGCUCACUGUGACUACAGAUGAAGCAGAUCCUGAAGGUCCACCUCAAGAUGUGACUCUUGAAGCGAUUUCUUCUCAGAGCAUCAAAGUUACAUGGAAGGCUCCUCAGAAACACCUCCAGAAUGGGAUGAUUCGAGGGUAUCAGGUGUGCCACAGAGAGCACUCGAUGAACGGAAGUCACCAGUUCAUCUGCAUCAGCGUGGAGAGCACAGGCGAGACCGAAACGCUGACCCUCAACAACCUGAAGAAAUACACUCAGUACGAGGUGGUGGUGCAGGCCAGCAACAGUGCAGGCCCCGGCCCGGCAUCCAGCGAAGUCCGAGCCACUACUAUGGAAGACGUGCCCAGCAGACCUCCAGAGAAAGUUCAGGCCACAGCCACAUCUCCAGAGACCAUCUCACUGUCGUGGUUGACUCCAGCCAAGGAAGCUCUAAACGGCGUCCUGCAAGGCUUUCGCAUCAUCUACUGGGCCAACUUACUUGAUGGAGAACUGGGAGAGAUCAGGAACAUGACCACCCUGCAGCCCCCUCUGGAGCUGGAUGGCCUGGAGAAGUACACCAACUACAGCAUCCAGGUGCUGGCCUUCACCCGGGCCGGUGAUGGCGUGCGCAGUGAGCAGAUCUACAUCCGCACCAAAGAGGAUGUUCCAGGCCCACCAGGCGGUGUGAAGGCAGCAGCAGCGUCUAACUCUGUUGUGUAUGUGUCCUGGCUCCCCCCACUCAAGCUGAAUGGUGUGAUCAGGAAAUAUACAGUGUUCUGCUCCAGCUCGUACCCCACGGUGGUGAGUGAGUUUGAAGCCGCGCCAGACGAGUUCCUCCACAGGGUGCAGAACCUGAGCCGGAACAGGAAAUACAGCAUCUGGGUGAUGGCAGUGACCGCAGCCGGCCGGGGGAACAGCAGUGAGGUCAUCACAGUUGAGCCUCUCGCCAAAGCUCCUGCCAGGAUCCUCACCUUUAGCGGCACCGUGACAACACCCUGGAUGAGGGAUAUUGUUUUGCCCUGCAGAGCGGUGGGGGAUCCACCACCCACAGUCAAAUGGAUGAAGGAAAGCGGGAGCCCGGCACCUGCGGUCAUCGAUGGGAGGCGCAGUAUCCAUGGAAACGGUAGCUUUGUAAUCAAGACUGUGAAAGCUGAGGAUUCUGGGUAUUACACAUGUGUUGCCAGCAAUAAUUGGGGAACUGAUGAAAUAACACUGAACCUGCAGGUGCAAGUGCCCCCAGAUCAGCCUCGUCUCACGGUGACCAAGACCACCACCACAUCCAUCACACUGUCCUGGAUACCAGGAGACAACGGUGGAAGUUCCAUCAGAGGUUACAUCCUGCAGUAUUCGGAGGACAACAGUGAACAGUGGGGCAGCUUUCCCAUCAGCCCCAGUGAGCGCUCGUACCGGCUGGAGAACCUGAAGUGUGGCACCUGGUACAAGUUCACCCUCACGGCCCAGAAUGCUGUGGGACCAGGGCGCAUAAGUGAGAUCAUAGAAGCCAAGACUCAUGGGAAAGAACCGCAGUUCUCCAAAGAGCAGGAACUCUUCACAAGCAUCAACACUACAUGUGUCCGACUCAAUCUGAUUGGCUGGAACGACGGAGGCUGUCCGAUCACGUCCUUCACUCUGGAAUACCGGCCGAUGGACAGCCCAGUCUGGACCAAAGCCCAGCGGACAUCGCUCACCAAAAGCUACAAUCUGAUGGACCUACAGGAGGCCACGUGGUACGAGCUGCAGAUGAAGGUGUACAACAGCGCCGGGCUGGCCGAGAAACGGGUGAAGUUCGCCACGCUCAACUACGAUGGCAGCACAAUCCCCCCACUGGUGAAGACUGCAGUCAAGGAUCCGGUGAAGAAGAGCAGCAAUGAAGGAAUGAAGAUGAUGGUGACCAUCUCCUGCAUCCUGGUGGGCAUGGUGCUGCUCUUUGUCCUGCUGAUGGUGCUCAGGAGGAGGAGGAGGGAGCAGAGGCUGAAGAGGCUGAGAGAUGCAAAAAGCCUGGCAGAAAUGCUUAUGAGCAAAAACACCAGGCCGUCGGACACCCUGAACAAACAGCAGCAAACCCUCCGCAUGCACAUCGACAUCCCCCGAGCUCAGCUCCUCAUUGAGGAGAGAGACACCAUGGAGACUGUGGAUGACAGAUCUACUGUGCUUCUGACUGAAAAUGACUUCGGAGAGACGGCCAAGCAGAAAUCAGCCACAGUAACACAUACCGUCCACUACCAGUCACUGUCCCAGGCCACGGGGCCGCUGGUGGACGUGUCAGAUGUUCGGCCCGGGACGAGCAAGAGCAGCCUGUCGAACCCCACAGCACGGCGGGCAGCUAAGCCAGGCCCUGCGUCACGAAACCGCUACGCCAGCCAGUGGACCCUGAACCGGCCGCACCCUCCAGUGUCCACCCACACCCUCAGCACCGACUGGAGGCUUGCCACACCCCGAGUGGCCGGAUCAGUGGACAAGGAGAGUGACAGCUACAGUGUCAGCCCAUCGCAGGACACAGACCGAGCUCGGAGCAGCAUGGUGUCCACGGAGAGCGCCUCGUCCACCUACGAGGAGCUGGCGCGCGCCUACGAACACGCCAAGAUGGAGGAGCAGCUGCGGCACGCCAAGUUCACCAUCACCGAGUGCUUCAUCUCAGACACGUCCUCCGAGCAGAUGACGGCCGGCACCAACGACUACACAGACAGCCUGACGUCCAGCACGCCGUCCGAGUCGGGCAUCUGCAGGUUCACCGCCUCACCCCCCAAACCUCAGGACGCCUGCAGGGUCAUGAACAUGGCUGUGCCCAAGGCCCACAGGCCAGGGGGCGAGCUGGUGCACCUGCCUCCGUACCUGCGCAUGGACUUCCUGCUGAACCGGGGCGCGUCGGGAGGAUCGCGGGAGGCCUCGCUGGGCCAGGCGUGCCUGGAGCCACAGAAGAGCCGCUCGCUGAAGCGGCCCAGCCUGCUGGAGCCCACGCCCAUGGAGGCGCCGGCCAGCCGGGACGCUCAGCAGUGGCAGCCGGGCUCCGCCUCCACGCUGCCCCAGAGGGAGGCCGGCUCGGACUUGGCUCAGGCCGCCAAACUCAGCACCUCGCAGGAAUCGCUCUUAGAUUCCAGAGGACACUUAAAACAGAGCAGCAAUCCCUACGCAAAGUCCUACACACUGGUAUAACCCAGCGCACGGACCGGACUGCAGCUAACACACACUCACACACACACAAACACACACUCUUUCACACACACUCACACACUCAUUCACACUUACACACACACACACACGUUUAGCUCCAGAGCAAAAAGCGGACUCUCAUCAAACGGUUGUACAUAGACGCCUUUCCUCACGGACAGGCCACUUCGAUUCGUAAUGUUUACUUUCUUUUAAGCUUUUUUAAACAUGUGAAUUCACUUCUUGGAAAAAUUUUGCUCCAAAUACGGAGAUUG